ACUCAAUACUCUAAAUAGUAGUUGAUUGGUUCUGCUUGAUUUGUAUGCAUAUUUAAGUAUUACAAAGGAAUAUCUGGGCCGGAUACAAAUUCUUUGGGAUUGUUUUGAGAAGUUAGUGUUUACCUUUAAACAAAUUUUGAGUGGCGCAGAAAUACAGACCCUUCUGUUGCGCUGGAUGUGGAGUUUAAAGUAGUGUCCUCGGGAGGGAAGCAAGAGUUUUCAGAAGUUUUCUUUUUUAGCUGUCUGAUUUCUCUGUGCUUUGAUGCUGAGAGAAGGGAGUAAAAGGAGACAAUUGAUCUGCUAUUAACUAUAGUGCUUGCAUAGUCUCAUUUUGCAAACAUGCAAAUGGUAAAGUCUGGAGGUCCAUCCUCAGGUUUGGGAAAUUUGUCCUGGAUUUAUGGCUAAUCUGGCCACGUUCUAAAAACCAUUGGAAUUAUAGAAACAUUUAGAAAUUCCAGUGAGCUGCAUCCUGUGGGUUUGUGUACCAGAAGAUGUGUCUGUUCCUUGCUUUAGGGUUGCUAUAAAAUCAAAUGUGAAAAUUACUCUUAAAAACACCUCUUUAGUGCCUGGUAGCUGGAAUUGACAUUCAGUUAAUGUUUCGUUUGACACAGGGAAGGUGAAAUGGGGGGGGGAAAUGUAGGCUAACCUUGUUUUGAAGUUGAUUUUGACUUUUUGAGAUGCUAACAGCUUUCUGUUCUUUGCAAAUCAAGUACAUUGUUCAGUAAAAAUGUUUGACAUUGCAGUUGUCUUGCAAAGUUAAACUUGGUAUUUAUUCUAUUUCAGAUGAAGGGGUACUGGACAAGGACUGAAAAUAAGUCUUUGUCUUGGAUAGGCAGAUACAACCAUGGAAAUGUCUGGCUUGUAAUUAUACGUGUGUUUGCCUGAGAACUCAGAGGAAAAAAGGAUGGAAAUACUGAUGUUUGACCUCUGGUGCAAGCAGUGAUAUUCUUCAGAUGCAAACUUAAAGCCAACACAGCCAAGAGCUUCAAUUGGUUUGGACUUUUAUGUCAACAGAAUGGUUUACCAUGUUCUGUUACUGAGGAUUCCUUGUUGCUGGUGAUGGGUGAGCCUGAAAAAAUACAGCUUUACUUGCACAUCAUAGGCUCCUUUUUAGCCCAUUGUGCUGAAGACCAGAGGUUCUGCCUCAUCAGGAGUCUCUGUUAGCAAUUCAAGUUGGCUGGAGAAUGGAAGGGGUUGAGUUUAAGGAAGAGUGGCAAGAUGAAGAUUUUCCAAGGUUUUGAAUUCUUUUCUAAAGCCCCUGCCAGAGGAUGAUCCUGUUGAGUCUGAUGCAUUGGCUGCAGCUGGAACAGAAAGUGAAGCCGAUACAGAGGGUAAUGGAACCAAAUUGAGGAAGAAACUAAUGGCUCAAGAUAUUAGCUUAACUUUGGAUCCCAGUGGGGAAUCUGUUUUUUCUGAUGACUUGGAUGAGAGUGGAGAGAUUGAUUUGGAUGAUUUAGAUACUCCUUCAGAAAACAGCAAUGAAUUUGAAUGGGAAGAUGAUCUUCCAAAACCAAAAACUACUGAUGUCAUUAGGAAAGGAUCACUGGCUGAGUAUGCUGUGGCAGAGGAGAAGGAUGAUGGUCGGCGCUGGAGAAUGUUUAGGAUUGGGGAACAGGACCACAGGGUGGACAUGAAGGCAAUUGAACCAUACAAAAAAGUUAUCAGUCAUGGUGGUUAUUAUGGUGAUGGGUUAAAUGCCAUUGUUGUGUUUGCUGUUUGCUUCAUGCCUGAGAGCAGCCAGCCUAACUAUAGAUACCUAAUGGACAAUCUAUUUAAGUAUGUAAUUGGCACUUUAGAGCUGUUAGUAGCAGAGAACUAUAUGAUAGUUUACUUGAAUGGUGCAACAACACGGAGAAAAAUGCCAAGUUUAGGAUGGCUUAGGAAAUGUUACCAGCAAAUUGACAGAAGAUUAAAGAAAAAUCUGAAAUCGUUGAUCAUAGUUCAUCCUUCCUGGUUCAUCAGAACACUCCUGGCCAUCACAAAACCUUUUAUCAGCUCAAAAUUCAGCCAAAAAAUUAGGUAUGUCUUCACCCUGGCAGAACUAGCUGAACUGAUCCCCAUGGAAUACGUUGGCAUCCCAGAAUGCAUAAAACAGUAUGAAGAAGAAAAGUUUAGAAAGAAACAGAAAAGAGUUGACCAAGAGCUGAAUGGAAAGCAAGAGCAGAAAAGUGAACAGUAAGUUUGGAGUCCAAACAAGACUGAAGAAUACGCAGAUGGAACAAAGCCAUUUGUGCUCCAUUACAGUGCAUUCUCUGUGUCUAUGUAUUGUAUAAUCUGUUGCAAAAGGUGCUUUGGACUAGCACCCAAUGAACUGCUUACUGCUGUAUUGGUUUGUCUUGACUUUAGUUGCUGUUUAUGUAAUCGUUUUAUACUGCUAAAUGGCAAAGAACCCUAUGUUUUCAGAGGAUGUUCUUGCAACUGUUUAUCUAAAUGAUGCAUGUUCUUCAGUAAAAUAUUUAUAUACCUAAAUGUUAAAGGAAAGAGAUAAUAUAUAUAUUUUUAUGACUGAGCAAUAUAUUGUGUGUACCUGCUGAAGGAAUUCAUUUGCAGGUAGACAAGGCUAUAAGUUACUUGUUAUUGUAUAAAUCUGUUUUGCUGUAAAUGGUCAAGUGCAUUUCUUUGUUGUCAUGAAAACUUGUUUGGAUGUUAACAAUCACAUAACUUGGCUUUCACAAAUACAGAGAUCCUUAUUUUUGUUCACUUAACCUUAUAGAAGCUCACUCCUUUACCUCACUAGAGUGAGCUUCAACUUUGGUGUCUUUCAGUCCAUCAUUCAGGAUGCAGAACUGCAGCUCUGUGGGUGGCAGUUGGCCAUGAGGUUUAAGCCUAAGCCACAAAAGCUGAACUGACUGGUAAGAUACCAGACCUUCUACAGUUGAAGUUGUGAAUUUAGAUUCUGCUUCAGUAUGUCAAGACUGUCUCAGCUAGCAGUAGGAAAUUAGCUCAUUGCAGUUCUUCAUGGAUGAAUCUUGAUUGUUACUGAUAGGAACUCUGUCAUGCUCUCUGGUUCAUGGUAGUACUUAGGAGCUACACAGGUAUUCUAGCCACAAUACCAUUUUUUGGGGCAGAAAUAUGAGAAGUCUUACGCUACCUGUGUCAUUCUUGUAGAUGAAACAUCCAUUUCUAAAGCUAUUAGGCACAUGAUACCAGCACUAAUUGAACUUUUAAGAUGUGUUUUAAAGGUUGGGGUGUUUUCAUUCCCCGCAAUGGUGGUAAAUCCGUGUCUGUAAAAGGUUUUCUUGGACACACAACUAGCGUGUUUAGGUUUACUGGGAUAACAGUAAUGCACUGGUUGAUACCUUGUAAAAGUUUGUAACAUCUUUUGAUAAACAUUGCAUUUUUCAUGUAAGGGCAGGUGUAUGCAAAUAAAUUCAUUCAGGAGUUGAGCAAUAUAAUGUUGUAGCAAGUAUAUUAAAUCUUUGCUUUUGGUGUUUAUUGUGCUCACAGUUUUGUUCCAAUGCCAAAAAAGUAACACUUUUUAACUAUAUUUAAUGUUACUCAGUUACCUUAUCAGGAAAAAAAAGAAAGUUAUGUUCAACCAGAUUUCUACCUGAAACUGAUAAACAGCAGUUGUGAGAUAUUCCAUGGUCAAGACUUACCAAGUAACAAUUAAUCCACUGUCUCCAGUGAUACCUGUAUAGACUGAGAGUAUGUGGAUGUCAGGUGAGGGAAAUCCGCUCACGUCUCUGGAAGUUUAUUUAAAUCUGCAGUUCAGAUACUUUCAUCUCAAGCUCUUAAGUCCUUUUGUUGCAGUAGUUUCUGUAUCAAAGUUUCAAGGAGAUUGACAGGCAGGGUGUGUUCACACAACAAUACCAAUGCCAGGUUACCUUGCAUCCAUUCCAUCAGGUUUGAAACUUGCUCUGAAAGCAGAAGACAAAUGCACUUUCUUUGGGGCUGUCUUAUGUCUUGCUUCAAUUUUGAUGUUGACUCAAAUUAAUGUAAAGUUCAAGUCAGUACAUGGAGCACUUGCAGCCUGUUUACUUCCGAUACUUUCACAGUGUGGUCUGUACAACCAUGCAAAUCUGAUUUUUACUGGGUUUGCAUGUGUCCUAAGCUAAACAGGAAGCAUUCUGAUUAUCUCAUUUCCAUUUUCUCCUAAUUGAUAAAAAGAUUAGUCUCGAUAAAAUUAUAUUCUUAGUGGAGGGACUGUAAUUCUCUAUGUCCUGUGCCUUCCUGUGUGUAUAGUGCAGCACAGAGUUCCUCUGUAUAUGCCACAUUUACCAAAUGAUGGGAUUGUUACUGUGUUUCCUGGUCACCAAGGAUUCUGCAGUUUCCUGCUGCAGUAAUAUGAUUUCUUUUGGAAAUGUGUAUGUGCUUAUAAAUGGUUUAUUUCUCUAGUAGAAGUUGUUGUGAAUGAGUAUACAGCACAACAGUUGUUCUGUCUCUAAAGAUUCGUAGCUUGAGAAAGAAGUGUACUAAAGAAUUACUCCCCUCUGACUUCCUGCAGCUCAUCAUUUAGUGGUGAGGUGGGUGUUUACAAAAAGCAAAGUGGUCCCAAAGCUAUGGAUAAUGUUUUGUCAAACUUAACUUUUUUGAAAUCUAUAAUAUAAUGUAAUAUAUUUUCAUAUUUAAAAACCUGAAAAGUUGGAAUGUCAUACUUUAAUAAAAACUAUUUCAAAACUUGAA